UUAUUGGGGAAGAAGAAAUACACACAGGAAAAUGGGCCUUGUGCAUUGUUCAAUAAUUUCUUUCAAUGUUUCGUGCAACGUGCUUUGAGAUCAGUUCUUUUUUUGCAAUUUUGGGCAUUAAGUGUUUUGCUUCGAAAAAAAGUCGUCACCCCUAUCAAAAUGUGGCAACUCAUUUUUCAACUACUAAUAAUUUUCACAAUCAGGCAAGUCCUAGCUUUUUCGCCAGAAUUUGAAUUUUAUGAUGAAAUGAUAUCAGUACCAGAAUUGAAUCUUAAUUUAUUCUUUGAUGAUUGUGAUGGUGCCAAUAUGAUUUUUGAAUCUCAAACUCCAGUGAUUGGUUCAAAUUUUAUUUACGAGUCAAAAAUGACCUGUUUAAAUCUCGAAAACAGAGAAAUCAGUGGAUUAUCUUCUGAAGCUUUUGAUGCUCUUCCAAAUUUGGAACAUGUAAAUCUUAGAAAUAACAAAUUGACGAAAGAAAAAUUUUUAUCUCGCGGAAAACACGAAAACUUAAAAAUCUUAGUACUUGACAAGGCAAUUCGAGGAGGAUAUCGAAACCUCACAGGAUUCUCAGGAUACUUAAAAGUUCUUGAAUUAAAAGGAUAUUUUCCCAAAAUGGAAAGACUUUAUUUGAGAAAUAACAGUAUUGCAGUCAUCUCUACAAUUCAUGGAAAGGCAGUUUUUCCAAAUCUGACUCAUUUAUACUUAAAUAACAACGAAUUGACAAAUGAGUCUCCUUAUUUUGAUCGAAGCUUCAGUUGGUUACCAAAGUCUUUAAAAGAAAUACAUUUUGAAAAUAAUGACAUUGAUUAUUUAGGAUUAGGUGAGUUUCAUAAUUUGGAAUGGAUUUCUGUAGAUAAUAACAGAAUAACUUUUAUCACUGUAUGGAAUUUACCAAAACUUAAAUAUUUCUCUGGGAUAAACAAUAAUAUUAGUUGGAUUAGUGACUUUAGUGACUCUCCAGAAUUACAAAUUUUGAAUCUCGCCAAUAACAGAAUUAGACAUCUCAAUCAUAUUCACAGAAUGCUAUCUAUUGAACUUUUAAUUUUGGAUAAUAAUUUCUUCCAUUCAAUUCCAAAGAUAGAAUUAAUUCCGAAAAUAAAAACGCUUUCAAUGAGAUGUAACGAAAUAAGAUCAUUAGUGAGCUGGGAUUUUAUUUCCAUGUCGUCAUUAAAAAGAUUACAUUUGGACAAUAACCGGAUUAAGUUUGUGAAUAAGAAAUCUUUCGAGAAUUUGAUAAAUUUAGAAAUUUUAACAAUUGAGCAAAAUAAGCUGACACAUCUUUUACCUGGAUGGAUGGUUCAUUUGAAGAGUCUAAGAGAGUUGAAUCUGAAAGGGAAUUCACUGUUGAAUAUCAAGGCUUUGGGAUUGAGCAAUCAUUUUACACCGAAUUUACGAAUUUGGCUCGAAAGUAGUUUUAAGAAGGAGACGAAUUAUAGAUUUAUUUUGCCGAAUAAUGUAACAUUAAAUUUGGAUACUGAAUCUGCUGUGAGAAUCUGCAAAAAAGAUCAUUCAAAAGUUAUUCACGGGUUUGAUUGGACUGAACAUAAAUGGUGAUGCUGCUUGAAAGGGAUCACUUGGAUUUGAAAGAAUUUUACAGAUCUGAGUCGCAACAGAAAUUCUUGUCAUUGUAAACACAAAAAUCCAAACACGAGGUGAAUAAUCCCGAAAUGAGCUAAGGUUUUCGUGCUGAAUCGCAGAUAUCUCCGGUGUCUUCCACUAAGGACAGCAAGUUAGACUGUUAGAGUCCUAUAACGUGAAAUUGUAACAGCUAAUAUUGUAUAGUUCAUAAGGAUGCAGCUUCAAACAGAUAAGUAGCCACUGUAGAAGACGUACCUGCUUUUUUGAAACACUAUGUAUAAGAAUAUACUUCAUUGCAUUUUGUUGUUCUUAAUUAACACUUUUAUUAUCAGGUAUUAAAACCAGUGGCGUAUCUAUCCCUGAAGGGGGCCCUGUCUCAAAAUUUAUUUGGGGGGCUGGGACUUUUAAGAAAAAUAAACAAAAACAGUCACGCAAAAACCUGAUAGGGGGCCCCAUAUCAUUGAUACGAUGGAUACGGCGAUAGCUACGCCCUUGAUUAAAACCUUUCUUCCAUAAUAAAAGAAGUUAGAUUUGUACGUCUUAUAUAUGCAUAUACAAAUUGUUUGUACAUAAAUAUAAAUAAUUGUGAAAAAGGCAUUAAUUUUAAAAAAUUAAAAAAUUUAGGCUGUAAGUAAUUAUGUAUUUUAAUUAUUUAAAACAAGUCCUGAACAAAGCACAUUUAUGAAUCCCAUUGCUUUAAAUCGAUUUUCUAAAUUUUUGUCUAUAGUCAUUUUCAAUUCUGGAAUGAUCUGAAUCUCUUUCAAUCUGCAAGAUUAAACUAGAGAAAAAAAAUUUAGCCAUCUUUAGACGAGAUCUAUCCCACUAAGGCUAUUCUAUUCAAAUUCUAUCUUUUUAGAAAUCUACAAUCAUACCUAUCAUUCACACCUCAAUUCUUGUAUUGGAAGAGAUACAUUAAAAAUCAAAUCACAUUCUUGUGCUUUAAGAAAAGAAUUCAAAGCCUAAAAUUUUCUGACCAUUUACUUAAAUGACUUUUUUCUAGUUUAAAAUAAAGGUAAAUAUUAUGUCCUCAGAAAUUCUCCUCAGUACUUUAAGUUAUUCUUAAAAUUCUGUCUAAUUAACCUUCAAACGAAUUUUAGUCUUAAAAAUAACUUCUUGUGGCCUACUUUUUUCUUCUGAAACCCGCUCUUUCGCUUCCCCAAUUUCAAAUUUUAUAAUUUUGAUAGAAGAUUUGGUACAAGUGAUCUUAAAAAUUUUUCAUGACAAGUUUUGAUGAUGAUUCAAUAAUUUUUUUAUUGUCCUUUUAAAACCCUUUCACAAAAAGGUGCUAUGGCGAUUUAACGAUUACUUUUGAUAAAAUGAUCGAUCAUUUUAAGUCCACCAUUUCUAAUAGAGCACAAAUCUAGUUCAAUUUAGCACAACUUCAAUUUUUUGUUUCAAACGAACACUCAUUAAAGUUAAUUAAUAUCAGUAUUUUCAAGAAUAUAAAUGAUCUGAAAAAUAUAAUA